GCUUAUAUAUCUUUUUCAGACAAAAUUGUGUUAUAGAUUUUGAUAAAAAUGUAACCAACAAAUCAUAUUUUACGGAGCAAAAACUUCACGAAGAUCUCAAUCUUAAAGUAUUGAAUAUCAUUAGAAAAUGUCCGGCCGCGUUACAACAUAAGUUGCCAACUGUACAGGACAAUGAAGAUGAUAAAAAACUGAGUACUAUAGCUACUGAGAUAAAAGAUAAAAAUAAAAAAAGACAAAACGAGGAGAAAAAACAAAAUCAAACGAAGAAAAAAAAGAAAAAAUCCAAAAGAAGAAACAGCGAAUGCGAUGAGAUUAAAUCUAAAAAUCCUUUAGAAGAAUGGCAAAGACAGAAGAAUUUGAAUAAGAUAUAUUUCCAAUUACCAAAUAUCGCACCGAAACCAGUUGAAAGUGGAAAAUCAAAUACUUCGAAAGAUAAAAUAUCUAAUAAAAAAAUAACAAAAAAACCAACUAGUAAUCCAGUAAUCGAUUUAACAGAAUUUGAUGACACACUCGAAAGUGUUAACACACCGAUAAUAACAAAAGUAUUCUCGUUAGCAGACGCAAACAAAACGAAUCCACAAAAUGUGAUAUCACCGAUUUUGUUAUCAGAAAAGAAUACUUUUAAUUCAGAUUUAGCGACAUUAACUAGGGUGCAAACUGAUGUGGGUAGUCCGAAUUUACAGCAAGUUAACAAAAUGUCUGUCAGUUUGGCUGGCAAACAGAUUGUUGUACAGAAAUCUGCAGGUAAGGUCAUUCAGAGGUCAGUUUUAUUAGACGCAUAUCUAUUAUACAGGGUGGCCCAUAAGUCCUUUGAUAUGAAAAAAAUUUAUUAAAAUAAAACUAAUUAC